AUGAAUGAUCGUUUCCUGUCAUUGGUCGGAAUCGAACACGGGGGCUUCGAGUUCCCAGACCGCACGACCGUCCGGACUGCUUCUCCUGACACGGAACCCACUCCUGUAAACCACACCUCCAAACGCCUCGGCACAAAGACGAACAGCACAAAGACGACCGGAUCAGGGAACGCCACAAGGACCGGCGGCCGUGGCCAAAACCACGGAUGCCAACCUGCGAAAGGGUCCAUCAAGACCGAGUUUGAAUCCACUACUGUUGGGCCCACUUCUUUUGAACCCAACACUGGCGGGGACUGCGACCCCGACGGGCCAGUCAGACGCAUGGACCGCCGCGGGCAGGCCACUCGAAGACAAAUACAAUCAGACCACACGACCGACACAGGCCUUAGUGGGGGUCGCAAUGCAAGAUGGCCGAGUAAUCGGGAAGUCCGACAGAAGGAAUUCAGACCUGAAGCAGUUGACAUAUGGGCACCCAGUCCACCAAAGGGGUGCUCCCGACAGACCGCUUCAUACCGGGGAGAAAUGAGAUUACAGGGAGAAUCUCCGCCCUGGCGCCAACCUGUCAAUCGGGGGAGUGACUACCGUGCAGGGGCGGAAGAAUACGUAGGGCCUGACGGGUACGAUGGGGCAGAUGAAUUCCGAGGGGAAAAGGGAGGCGAGGUUUCGAACUCCUGUCUUAACCCGAAACUUCAGACCCGCCGGGGAGGUUGGCGAUCGAAAUUGGAACCGGAGAGCAACACUUCAGCAGGAACCGCCUUUGCAGAUACAACGUCGACAGAAACUGCCAAAGGGACAGAUCUGGAUGACCUUAGUGGGAGAAAGGAUCUUAGUGGGAGAAAGGACCUUAGUGGGAGAAAGGACCUUAGUGGGGCAAAGGACCUCAGUAGGGGAAAGCACAGCCGUGGAAGAAAGGGUGCGAGUGGCAGAAAAGAGUCUGGUGGUAACACUGUUAGUUCUCGCGUACGACUCGCCGGCUCGACUUUGUUUGCAGACCGGACCUCGUCUCCCCUGUCGGAUGGUGCUGACCAUCGAGGUUAUCAGUUCAUGGUCGAAUCCGGUAAACGUGGCUUGUCGGUGAGCCGUCGCACAAGUCGGUCUGUGUCGCGUGGGAGGCUGGCGGAGCGCGUCGUAGCUGUAGCCGGGUCCUUUGACGACGCGAUUGGUCUACUCAGCCCCAGCUAUGCCGGACAGGAGAUCACCUACAGCAAGCACAUAGAGCCUCUGGACCACUGCGCCGACAUCCUCGGCGACCGGAAGUCAAAAGGUAGAGACAUGGUGGUCGCCACUGUUCUCCCCCGAUCCAACCUACUCGCCAUCCAAACUCGCUCUGUUGCUCACUCUGUUGAAGAUCACUCCGUCGAAGACCACUCUGUUGAAGACCACUCUGUUGAAGACCACUCUGUUGAAGACCACUCUGUUGAAGACCACUCUGUUGAAGACCACAACCGAGUGGUGGAGACACCUAGUAACAUCAGGCGGGCCCGCAGUACUCGGACAGUGGAGGCCUGGGAGGGGAGGACCGAGUCGUGCCUCACCGAUCUAUCCGACGGAGUUGUUUUGAUCGGUCACGGUUGGAAUAGGCAAGUCGAGACUCGACAAGGGGAGGACCGACCAGGUGAGAACCGACCAGGGGAGAACCGUCACGGCAGCGGGCACAAGUAUCAAUUCAAGAGGAAAGGAGUCCGGUCGACAGUGGGCAAGUCUCUGCCUUGGGUGGAGGAGGAGGAAAUUGGCAGUGGAUGGAAUCCCGUUUGCUCGAGCAAGACAAAAGUGGCAGUCACAAAGGUUGCAGCGGCAAAGGUUGCAGCGGCAAAGGGGACGGCUGAGGCCAACCGCAGCCAACGGUUGGGUAAUCAACGGGCAGGUGGACUCAAGGCACGAAUAGGUUCUCAGCAAUCGGACCUAACAUGCCAGUCGGACCUUGCGUCCUGGUCGGCCCAGUCCCCGGCAAUGGAGUCUGCCGCCAGUCAGCUGGCUAGCACCCCGCCUCGGGAUAGCACCCCGCCUCGGGAUGAAGAGCUGUUGGUACGAAGGGGUGAUGAGGACCACGUGCUGCUGACCAAAGGUCGAAGGCCGAUCCCGGCGCAGUCCGACAGUCAGCGAGCGGAAGGCGAGCGGUCAAAAGUCCAGCGGUGUGGAGUCCCGAGGCCAGGGUGUCAGCAGCGAGAGCUCCCCAAACCCUCUAACGGCCUCACAAAAACACCCCGAGCCGCUCGUCUACUCCCCGGCCGAAAAGGAGUCGUAGCACGACCUGGCGGACCUGCACUGGACGGCUCGGCCGGACCAGAACGGGGACGCGGAGAAGGCCGGUACCAUUUCGCCGAGCCGUUGCGACCACGGACCCGAACCGGCGAGGAACACGGAAUUGCGGAGGGCUCCCGGGCUGAAGGCAGUACGGUGGUGGGCAACGAGACCGAACGGGCGGCUGACCGCACCAGUCACGAUAAGGCGCAGGAGUCGGAUACAGCGGGGGGUGACUCGGAUCCCGAAGGCGAGUACCGAACUCAUGCCAAGGCCACGACCUCCAAGGACACGACCUCCAACGACACGACAUCCAAGGACAGGACCACGGCCUUCAAGGCCACGACCGCGACCAUGGCGGUCAAAAAGGAGACUGAGAAGCCGGAGAAGGCCUGGCCGGAGGCGGAGAAGGCCUGGCCGGAGGCGGAGAGGGCCUGGUCGGAGGCGGAGAGGGCCUGGCCGGAGUUUACAAGACAGGCGCCGACGAGACCGACGGCCGCCUCAAGACCGGCCGUCUCAAGGCCGUCGAUGGAGCCACCACCAACAGCGCAGGGUCUGGUUCGUACUCCUGCGGCAUAUCAGUCGCGGACGGCACCACGGCCGUCAGGGCUAUUGGAAACAGGUCAGUCUAUGACAGGUCGGAAUUCGUUGUCGGGUAGCAUGACACGGAGUCCGUCGGCGGGGCUGUCCGGCCCGAAGAGUCUUUAUCUGUCGCCAGCUCGACGGUUGAGAGGUCGUCGGUCUGUCUCGGGGUGUCGUGAGUCAUUGGUGAAUGAAGUCCUGAUCCCGACAAAGGCGACCGAUCAGCUUUUGAGUGCCGAAGAAGUCAAACGAAAAAUACUCCCAGCUACUGCCAUACUAACCAAGAAAUGCCCUCUGGCGACUUCUGGUGGUCCCCAAGCUUUGGUCUCCGUGAGCGGCUACUGCUCAACGGCCGGCUAUUGGGAUUCCGAGGACGAGAACCUCUUAUUCGACCACAACGGCCUGGAACUGAAUAGGGCAGAGCAAAACGGCAGUAGUCAGUACACUGUUCACAUCAAUGAAGGUAGAGGGUCUUACCUUAUUGACGAUGCUGCUCGGAGACCGCCAAGAAAAAGCUUACAAGACAUACGUACUGGAUCCACUGGGGGUGCCACCGCUUCCUGGAACCAUCAUCCCUUGGAAUGA